AUGAAGCUGCGUCAGGAAGAAGGGAGUGGGCUACCAGCCUACUCUCCUGUUGCUCUUGGCCCACCAUGGUCUCUACCGCAAGGUCAAAGCGCUGAGCUGGCGGACAAGCCCCAGGAAUCAAGAUCUCUCUGCCAUUCUGCGCCUGCAGACUUGUCUCCUGGUACAAGGCCUAUGACACCAAUCGAGCAACUACGUGCUCUCACACCUGAUAACCCAAACCGAGGCUUGACCGCUUAUGUGCCAGAUACGGUUGACGAUACUCGAGCUCUGAAGGCACGUGGGCAUUUCGACCCACACUUCAUUCGUCGGAAUUGCUACAACGAUGGUAUCUGGCACGACCAUGAGCAGUCAGCCGCCAAGGACUUCGUCAGACAGAGCACACGGGAUGAGAUGCAAGCAAGACCUAUACCAGACAAGGAUUUCUACUGGGACAGCACGGGGACAUGGAGCGGGGAUGACGCUCUGAGAAAGCACGCUGAUAUGGCUCGAACUAGACACAUGUAUCCCCGCCAGAAAAUUAUCCUUGGCACAGGUUUGCCUCGCGUACCCUCUACAUCAGCGAAGGCCGAGAACAUUGGCCCAGCUGAAAGUUGCGGUGCAUGUGGACAUAGCCCGGAAAGCACUCAUAAUGCCCAUUGCUACACUUGUGAGAAGUGCGGCGAGGCUUGGUACUGCUCGAGCUUUUGUCGAAAGACGCAAUCUCAUUGCUACCCAGAUGAAGAUGAGCAAGAUGAUGAAGUGGUUCCAGCAACAUCUGAGGGCGUAGAAGGGGACAUCAGCAAGACCAACAGUAGCAAUAAUUCACAGGAGGACGAUGGAAUCGCUAAUUAUUUGAAAGAGCUCGGAGAGAUGCAGAAACAGGGCUAUGACAAAGCUUCUGGCGUGCGUGGAAGCCAUCCGGAGAAUCCUUCCAAGGAGAGCGCACAGUCGUACGCUGAUGAAACUGUCGAAAAGGACGGAAAGUCGCCCAUCGUGACGAACACGAUCGCUGUACCGAUGGUCCACAACGUUCGCUUUGAGAAGAACCAUCAUCGUACCAUUGAAUACCAAAUCACAUCCCCAAAGCAAGGGAAUCCCCACUGGGUCGAUGGCUUUGAUACUGUGCUCCAAGCCCCAGCAUGGCUGGCAGCGAUCAACAUUUUCUGGCAGUAUAGCGAGAAAAACGCUUUCGCCAGAAAGCUUCUUCGCUAUCCAGAGAUACACCCUGAGGGCUUGUCCAGAGAUCCGUACUAGUACCACAUUGCGCCCUCGUCGUUCAUCAAUGAGAUCCUCGGCUGCACAGUCUCCGAAGAUAAGCGCUCCCUGUUCUACCACUGUCGUAGAGCUGGGAAGCAUUAUGGGCCAAAGAAGACGGACAAGAUCAGAGCUUGGGACCUUGGUUCAGACUGGGACACUGCCCUCGGACAGUAUUGGGCUCGAUAUGCAUAUUCCGUUUCGAGGGACGAGAGUGCCAAACUGUUCCUUCAACAGGAGGCCGAAAAAGCUGAAGAAAUUAAAAAACGGAAUGAUUCGGUCAUUGGUUCGUCGCUGCUGAGCGAGAAUGAUGAGGAGGAUGAGGGGUCUGUAGACAGUGGUUAUGUAGACUACUGAACGUUCGUGGUAUGUAGGUGCAAAAUAGCCCACGAUCGUUCCAAAUGAGAUGAAAGCAAAUUUCACCUGCAUGCAAAAUACUUCACCUGCACUUUUUUCUUGA